AGAUGAUGUACCUGCUACAUGCAGGGUUCUUUACCAGGUAGCAAAGUAGCAAGAAAGACCUUGAAUAUGAACAGUCUGCCUCAAGAAGCCAAAAAUUGAAGCAGGAGGCUGCACCAGGAGCACCAGUAACUUUAACUGAGAGGAGGAAAUGAUGAAAAAACAAGAACAACCCCCCCAGCAUCCACACCCAGAGGCCAUCAUGCCCAGCAAUCAGCCAGCCAGCUUUCCCAAGAGGCCUCAGAAGACCAGCCAGCUCCGUUUUCAGGGCCAAGAAAAGGACCCAGCACUUCUGAGACCUGAGAUGCCAUCCGUCAACUCCUCAAGAACUUGGAGACAGGACCCUGGAGUUGCACAAAAUGCUAGUCAAUCACAAGGUGAAGCCAAUUUGACCAUUAAUUCUAGGAAAAAACAAAAACAACCCCACCAGCAUCCACACCCAGAGGCCAUCAUGCCCAGCAAUCAGCCAGCCAGCUUUCCCAAGAGGCCUCAGCAGACCAGCCAACUCCGUUUUCAGGGCCAAGAAAAGGACCCAGCACUUUUGAGACCUGAGAUGCCAUCAGUCAACUCCUCAAGAACUUGGAGACAGGACCCCGGAGUUGCACAAAAUGCUGGCCAAUCACAAGGUGAAGCCAAUUUGACCAUUAAUUCUAGGAAAAAACAAAAACAACCCCCCCAGCAUCCACACCCAGAGGCCAUCAUGCCCAGCAAUCAGCCAGCCAGCUUUCCCAAGAGGCCUCAGCAGACCAGCCAGCUCCGUUUUCAGGGCCAAGAAAAGGACCCGGCACUUCUGAGACCUGAGAUGCCAUCCGUCAACUCCUCAAGAACUUGGAGACAGGACCCCGGAAUUGCACAAAAUGCUGAUCAAUCACAAGGUGUUCCAAGAAGCUCAAAUAACAAGACCGCUCUUACAACGCACCCAAUUUAUCCCUCUGCGGCUGAGAUCCACAAAAUGACAUAUGAACAAGUUGUAAGCUCCAUCCUCCAGUUUCUUGGGAACGAUCCACAGUACAUGGCAUCUGUGGACCCCAAACAACAAAAACUGUCAAAAUCAUCCAAGGGGACACAGAAUCGCAAGUGAAUGGGAUCUGGAUGACAACUAGAGGAAUCGCUGUACCUAUCACACUUAAAAACCUUCUUCCCUGAGGAGUUUCUAUUCAACUGAAUUAGGUCAGAA